AUGAGUGACGCUAACGGCACCAUCACGAGCCGUGAAGUCAAGGCCGAGGGCCACGACUCCGACGACGGCAGAACCGGAGAGGGCAAGGCGACGUAUAAGUCAUGGAAGAAGAAGUAUCGCAAGAUGCGCAUCACAUUCGAUCAGAAGAUGCACGACUGCGAAGAGUUGCAUCGUCAAGAGUCUCACGCGCUUGCCACUGCCAAGCGCAUCGCCAUCGAGAACGAGUGA